AAAGAAAAUACAAAGAUUUUUUCGUCGUAUAUAUAUUACCACGGGUCCCAACUUUCGAAGCAUUAAACCAUCUUUCUCUGUUUAACGCUUCAGAGAAAACUCAGAAAGAAACAACUUUGGUAGACAUGCAGACGAGCCGUUUACUCUCCCUUUCCUCCAACUCACCGAGCUUCGGCAGUUUCUCUUCCGCCGUAGACCUCGCCUCAAUCGCCGCUCGAGUCGUGGAGGAGUUCAGAGACCAGGAGCAACGAUCAGACUCCCACAGCGACAACAACGACGACGACGAUGAUAAUAAUUUCGAGUUCGCCUUCGACUGUCCUAGCCGCAGGUGCUCUCAUCCCGUCGCUACUGCCGACGAGAUUUUCUGUAACGGUCAGAUCCGUCCGUCGAAUCCUUACAGUGGUGGAACUGAGAAUCCUCCGGUUGACGGAAAAAGCGGAGGAGAAUCUCAACCGUCGCCUUCACCGAGACGUCGUCGUCCUGCGCUUAGAAAGUUGAUGAGCGAAGAGCGAGAUCCGACGUCGAAUUCUUCGUCUGAGGAGACCGAUGAUGAUCUAUCCGGAGUUCCACCGGAGACUUACUGCGUUUGGACACCGAAACAUUCGAGGGACGAAGAUCUCCAACGACUCUCGUCUUCUCCAUCGCAUAGCAAGAUCAAAAGCCACUCCGCGGGAUUCUCGAAACGAUGGAAGCUAAGGAAUCUUCUCUACGUGAGAAGCAGCAGCGAAGGGAACGACAAGCUCGUGUUUCCGGCGCCAGUUAAGAAGGGAGAUGAAACUGCUAGCUCCGAUCAAGAAGAACAGCUGUCGAAGUCGAAGGUUGUGGUCGGAGAGGAAGAAAAGGAAAGCGAGGAGACGAAACGACAGCCGUUUGUGCCGUAUAGAAAGGAUAUGAUGGGGAUAAUAAAAAAUGUUAAUGGGCUUAGUCGUCAUUUACGUCCUUUUUAAAAGGUGACGUGGAUCUUGUGAAGGAGAGAAGAAACAAAAAUCGAAGACGUGGACUUUAAGUGGGCUUCGGUUUCUUUUCCUUUUCCCUCUCUCUCUCAACCUUUUUCUUUUUGGUUUCAUGGAAAAUCUCGAGUGUUUGCGAGAAAGAAAGAAAGUGCAUAUUUUUUGAAUAAUUUUUAAUCAAAAAACUCGAUGUGUCGGUUUGGAUUAGAUGUAAGAUUAUCGGAAAAGAGACUAAUGGUUAUUAUUCAUUUUAUUGUAAAUAUAUCGUCAUAGUGUUGAAUUAUUUCACCUAAUUAUAUGAUGGUUGGCAGA